ACCUCCUGCAUGCGCCGGCCGGCCGCUAUCUCUUUACAUGCCAGCACAUAGUUUCCUAGCAUUCUUGUGCCUCUCUGGCCUCCUUGUAAUCCCCUUUUAAAAACCUUCUCUUUGGAGGACUCGGUAAUAUAUCUGAGUUUUGAACUCAAAUCCCCUCCCCUCCCCUCCCCCCGGACUUUCUUGUUUAUUGACUUGCGUUCAGAGCUUUCAUGGCUAAAUUAUCACUGCAAAACCAGAGAAAAAAUGCAAACAUCAGCAGUACUAAUAAUGUCAAUAACGCCAUCAAAAAGGUGAAACGAACAAGGAGAAGUGUGCCAAGAGACUCUCCUCCUCAACGUAGCUCCAUAUAUCGAGGGGUUACUAGGCAUCGCUGGACAGGCAGAUAUGAAGCUCAUUUGUGGGAUAAGAACUGUUGGAAUGAAUCCCAGAACAAGAAAGGACGGCAAGUCUACCUGGGUGCCUAUGAUGAUGAAGAUGCAGCAGCACAUGCUUAUGACCUAGCAGCACUGAAAUAUUGGGGUCAAGAAACCAUUCUCAACUUUCCGUUAUCAACGUACGAGAAAGAACUGCAUGAAAUGGAAGGUCUGUCAAGAGAAGAAUAUAUUGGAUCAUUACGAAGGAAAAGCAGUGGUUUUUCUCGAGGAGUUUCGAAAUAUAGAGGUGUUGCAAGACAUCAUCACAAUGGAAGAUGGGAAGCUCGGAUUGGCAGGGUCUUCGGAAACAAAUAUCUCUAUCUUGGGACAUAUGCUACCCAAGAAGAAGCUGCUGCUGCAUAUGAUAUGGCAGCAAUAGAAUAUCGUGGGCUCAAUGCAGUCACCAACUUCGAUCUCAGUCGUUAUAUCAAAUGGCUUAAACCUGACAGUACUAAUAAUGAUCUUAACGAUGACUUAUACAAUCCCUGUGUGGAUAUCAUCAACCCUAAUGUGGAUGCUAAUACUUUGACAUCAAACCCUAAUCAAGAACUUGGUUUAAGUUUCUUCAUGAACAACCAACAAACAUACAACUCAGGAGAUGAUCAGACGUCGACCUUGCAGUUGAAUCAGCCAAAGCCAGCCAAUACUGCCACAUCGGCACUAGGGCUUCUUCUUCAGUCCUCAAAGUUUAGGGAAAUGAUGGAGAUGACAUCAAUGGCUGACUACCCAUCAAUGCCAUCGGAUCAAUCUAAUUUUACACAGUGCACGUCGUUUCCUGAGGACAUUCAAACAUACUUCGAUCAGUCCCAUGAUCACUCUGGUACUAUUGUUUUUGGUGAAGGAGACAGUAAUAUCUUCAAUGACCUUAACACACUUCUGCCCCCAAUAUUUCACAGUGAUGAUUUUGAUGCUUAGAGGAGGAAGAUGAUCAGAAUAAGUACUGGAAUAGAUAAUGGGUGAGGGGAGAUCGUUGGUUUCUUUUUAAUUACGAAAUAUAUAUACCAUUUUGGCUUUUUUGUGGUUAUAUAUGAAAGCUGACUUGAUGAAUAUGGCUUAAUUAGGUAAGUCGUCACGAGGUUAAGAUUGAUUUUCCACUUUUCUUUAGAGAGGGAAAUUAAUAGGCUAAAGUAUAGAUUUGGUUCAUUCCUUGAUUAAUGUAGAUGUAAAGAAGAAUAAGCCUUACUUCGUAAUCUUCAUUAUUUUCUUGAAUCAAUAUUGAUUAAGUA